GAUUUUUCCCCUUGUGACGUAGCUUCAACCUUGUACGCAUGAUUAGUCAAAGAUGGCGGCCAAACAGAAUGGCUUUCUACUGUUUACUGGCUUGUUGUUUCUCGGUGGGCCUUACGCUUACGGACAUCUUCCAGCAAAAUGUAAGCUGCCUGUAGGAAAAGCAAAAACAUACUCCAUAACAGACUGGACUUGGAAGAUUGUCGUAGACAAACUACAGAAGACAUACUACAUCAAUAUUUGUGGUAAAGUGGACCAUCAUGGUUGCAACAAGGACUCAUCUGUUUGUUCAACUUCAACUGACGAUAAGAAUCCGAAGAAUAUGGGUUCUGUAGCCCUGUCCUCCACCACCCCUACACACGGGCAUUUUGUACUCUCUCCAGUGUCGCUCGCAUCAAAAGACCAAGAUGGCGGCCCGUGGAGUUCAACUAUCGACAUCUACGAUGUCACGGAAAAAUAG